UGCGAUUACCAUUAAUAUGCUAUAAUUAUAUAACUACCACUAAUUCUCUAAACUACUACAAGUGGAGUAUUAACUAUAUCGCCAACACGUUAUUAGAAUAAAAGAAAGCACCGCUUCAACCUUCUCCAUCUCGUCUCCUCCAUCCAUUCCAUCCUUUAUUUAAUUUCAUAUUAAAUUCUUGCUGCCUUCACCUUUUUCCUCUUCUUCAUUUUCUCAUCCUCGUUUCUAUAAAUGGUGAUCGAAAGACAUCGAUGAGAAGACACUGUUAAUGGAGGUAGAGAAUCCGGGACACGUGGCGUAAAAGAAAAGUAGUGUGAAGGAGCAUUAAAGUCUAACCAAUGAAUGAGCUUUGAGCUGUUUUUGAGAUGCUUCCUCUCUGUUAUAGAGAUGCAGAGUGAGAGAGACACAAUAACUAUGAUAUCUCGAUUUUAACCCACUACUCCACCACAUUCAAGAGACACAUGCCCUUAUUUCCCAAUUUCAUCACACACAUACACAUACUCUUUCAAAGUUGCUCCCUCUCUCUCCCUCUCUCUCUUUGCUUUUGUUAUCUCUGAAGAAGAUGAAGAAACCAGGAGUUGUCUUCCCUUUGGUUGUAAUAAUCCUCUGCGUGUCACUUGUUUCUUCUGAAAUGAAAUUAGGUUUGGAGGAUUACAGUGUGGCGGAUCCAACUCCGUCGAAACCUUCGAUUAAAGGAGGUUCUGUUGAGCAUGGAUCCCCUAAUAAUCCUUACAUUUUUCCUAAGCCUCCUCCUCCUCCUCCACAAACACAAGACGGUGGAUAAACUCAUUUGGAGAAAAUAAAACAAAUCUUUUCUUUUCUUUAGUUUUAUUUUCCGUGAUCUACGUGCUGUUUUGUUUCUAUAAUUUCCCACGGCUUAUUUUUGUUGUUGUAGUUUCUCUGUUCUGCUUCAGUAACUCGUUGUCGUUGUAGUUUGACAAUAUUUAAUAAUGUGGGCCUAUAUGUAUGACUCUAUUCUAUUAUUUGUGGGCCUUAAAUCUAAUUAAGAGAGCAUGCACUUCACGUCAC